AUGAGACUGACGGUGCGCGACGUUCCGACCGUGAAUAGGCCGCGCACUUUGAAGCAUGAGCGUAAGCCGGCGUACCCGCGCGUUUCCGUGCCGUCCAAGUGCAAGCUCGACCGCUGGCAGAUCUUGAAGCACCCGCUCGCGAACGAAAACGCGUUGGCGAAGAUUGAGUCCAACAACACGCUCGUCUUCGUCGUCGACGCUCGCGCGAACAAGAGGCAAAUCAAGGAAGCGAUCAAGCGCAUGUACGACAUCGAGUGCUUGAAGGUGAACACGCUCAUCCGCCCGAACGGCGACAAGAAGGCGUACUGCCGCCUUACGGAUGACUACGACGCCGUCGACGUCGCCAACAGGAUCGGCGUCAUCUAG